AAUCAGUUGAGAGAACCUGAGGUCGGCCGGCUCUCCCGCUCCCAUCGGAUCCGGUGGCUUAAGAAGUGUUACAAUCCCGCGCAGCGCCACAGAAGAAAGAAAGUUUUCGCCUGUGCUGGCUGCUUUUCUCGUCGCUCGUCUCUGGAGUACCAUACCUGCCUUUGGUACUACCUAUAGUACUACCACCAUUCCAGUGGCAAUUUACAAGCCAUCCGUGUGCUCAGUGGAGCGUCUUCCGCGUUUGUGGCUGCGUCGCUUAAUUGGCCCAAAAGUAUCUCAAGUGUGUGAUUGUGAAAGUUCCUGCUAAAAUGUACGUGCGACGUGCUUGGCUCUUGGCCUGUUUGCUGUGCCUUCAUCCCUAUGCGCCCACGCUGGCCGAGGAGGAGGACUCCAAUCCGUUGUUGGACAUGGCCUCCAUGUUCUUCCAGGAGGCUCUGUCCAACCAGAACGGUGGUGGCAACAACGGAGGAGGUGGCGGUGGAGGAGCUGGUCUGGCGGGCGUGGCCUCGCUGCUGGGCACCUUCAUGCAAGCCAACGGCAAGGGAGGAGGUGGUGGUGGCGGGGCUAUGCAAAUCCUGUCCGGCCUCGGCAGCCUUCUGGCCAACAAUGCCCGCGGCAAUGGCGGACAGGGCGGUGGCUUUGAUCCCUCCAUCAUCGGAAAUGUUCUGGAGAUGUUCACACAGGGCGAUGACGAGGAAUCCUCGUCUAACCAGAACCAGAAGCGAAGCAACAGUGGCGGAUCCGAGUCUGGAAUCGGUCUGGACACCAUCCUCCAGGUGGCUUCCGCAUUCAUGAACACCCAGGGAGGUGACAAGGCUGCCCAUAAUCACCAAAAGAGAUCCGCUGGCGAGGAACCGGAGACCGACAACGGACUGAUGAACCUGCUUCCGCUGGUGAUGCAGGCAGUAAGCUCCUUUGCCGGUCCCGAGGGUCAGAGCACCCAGGAGAAGCACAAGAGCCACGCCUGGGUUCUGCCCCCCUUCCUGGAACACAUCCACGUGCUGUGGGAUCACUUCUCUAACUCGGAACUGGCAGAUGCCCUCUACGAGAAAUCCGGAGUCAACAAGAUAAUGAAGGGCUUCAAGGGCAGUGACGGCAAACUGGACUACGACAAACUCUUCGAAUCCCUGAACAACCAAUCCUUCCGCCGCCGCUGGAUCAAGUCAGCCACACUCUACUUGGCCGACUGGGCCAGCUAUCUGGCCAAUCCCGAUGUGUAUCUCAGGUACUUCCAGACGGCACAGAUCAUGUUUAACGGCCUGCUGAAGUCUCAAGGUUACCCGAAGCAGACGCACUUCGAUCCCGCCCGUCCAGGGGAGACGAUCUCCAAUCUGUUGGACCACGUGGCGAAGCAUCAUCUGAACGUGAAGAUCGACUCCCGGCAGUACGUGAAGCCAGCGGUGGGCUAUGCCAAGGAGCUCCUGAAACUCGGCCAGGCCCGUGGACUGUUGCAGUUCAAUGCCACCGAGAUCAGCGACAAGCUAACGGAUACGCUCAACCUGGAGGUUAUUGAACCGGUGUUAAAAGUCCACCGCGCCUACAGAUACAUCUCGAAGACGCCGCAAUGCGAUCGUUACGUGCUCUGCCAGCUGAAUGCAGCGGCUCUUGACCAGCAGCAGAAACUCCAGCAGCAGCAGCAGCAGAAGAGUCAACAGCGCCAGAGUCAGACAUCGGCGUCCGGUUUGAUUGCCGGAGUCAGUCCGAAAAUCGUUAAGAUCGGCAGCAUGGGUGCUGCUAUAUUCAUUAGCACGGAAACCGGUACGCCGUUCUGGACGCUAUUCGGUGUGAUCAAUGCGCCAUACAAUUGCGAGGCCAAAUAUCCAGUCGAUUGCAAUGGUUUCCACGAAGGCGAGGCCAAGGUGACCACGGAGUACAUCCACAACGAGUUGUAGACGCUGUCGCCUGUCGCUCCAGGUGCAGAUCGGGACCAAGCAAGGGAGGAUUCUCAUUAAGACGACAUAGCUGUAAUUGAGAUUUUGUGUGUAUAUAGUAU